AUGAUGCUGCUGGGACUUUUGACACCGACGCAAAGUAAAGGGGGUUGUGAUUGCAGUGGGAAAUCAGGGUGUGAUUGCCAAGGAAUCAAAGGACAAAAGGGUGAGAAGGGUUCUCCUGGUUUGGUUGGUGAUGUUGGAGUUCAGGGGCAUCAAGGAAAGGAAGGCCCUCCUGGAUUUCCUGGCCUGAAGGGUUUUAUGGGUAUACCAGGCAUCCCGGGACGUAAAGGUUCUAGGGGAAUUACAGGGACUCCUGGAUUCUUUGGCCCUCCAGGACUACCGGGGCUUCCUGGGAUUCAGGGACCAAGGGGGCCUCCUGGUCUCCCAGGAUGCAAUGGAACAAAGGGUGAGCCUGGUCCUCCAGGUUUAAUUGGGCCAAUGGGGCGUCCUGGCAGCCAGGGACGGCCAGGAAUCCAAGGACUUAAGGGGGAGACCAUUUUUAUCGCCGCUGCUGAACAAAUGAUGGGACUUACGGGUCAUCAAGGCAAAGAUGGAGAUCCAGGUCCACCUGGGUUGCCAGGUGUUCAAGGACAUAUUGGACCAGAGGGGCCUAAAGGUAACCCUGGACCACAAGGCAUUUCUGGAUUUCCAGGAGAGAAGGGUAAAGAAGGUCGAAGCAUGGGAAUACCUGGACCCAGAGGUCAAAAGGGGGAGAUGGGACCCCCUGGUAUACCUGGACAAAAAGGCAUAAAGUUAUUUGCAUCAGGUCCAAAGGAGCCUAAGGGUGACACUGGGGAUUCUGGAGACAGAGGGAACCCCGGACUAACUGGUCUACGUGGUCGUCCCGGUCCUAAGGGGGAGAAGGGGGAAAGAGGAGACCCUGGGGGUCUGGGUAAACCUGGAAAAGAGGGUCUGCAAGGAGAGUUGGGCUCUAAGGGAGGGAAGGGAGAUAAAGGAUAUCCUGGAGAUACAGGCAUAGAAGGAGAAAAGGGUCAGAAGGGUAACCUCGGCCCCCCUGGCACCCCUGGAGAGUUCAUUGUAAUAAAUACAGAGAUCAAAGGCCAAAAAGGGGAUCCUGGGCCACCAGGACUUCUUGGUUUACGAGGCAGUGAAGGUUUUAAUGGUUUUCCUGGAUAUCAAGGACUUCCAGGGACCCCCAUACAAGGACCUAAUGGAGAACCAGGUCUACCAGGGUUUAAAGGUUUGAAAGGGGAUAAAGGAGAGCCUGCACCUGACAUUAGAGGACCCAAAGGACGUGAUGGCCAACGAGGGGAACAAGGACCCCCUGGUGAUCCUGGAACUCCAGGACCUUCAAAUGUCAUAAGCCGCUUGGGACUUAAAGGACUCAAGGGUGACAAAGGCCUAAUAGGCCCUGAGGGUCUGCGUGGGGAUCCUGGGAAACAAGGAGAGCAAGGAGAUCUGUGCAGGCUAUGUGCUGCUUCUGCUGCUGAUCCUGGACCUCCAGGACCACCUGGGGAUUCAGGCGAACCCGGCAAACCAGGUGCUGUAGGAGUUCAAGGUAAUAAAGGAUCCAGAGGCUUGAAAGGUUCACUUGGUCCAGCUGGUCCUCCGGGUUUCUCAGGUCUUACAGGUUUUCCAGGGCCUUCAGGCCCCAAGGGAGAAAUGGGGAUGAAAUAUGAGAUUGGGGAAAAGGGCUUUAAAGGAGACACUGGUGCAGUAGGACUAUUGGGGUUAAGUGGACAAGAUGGUUUACCAGGCAUCCCUGGCUUCAAAGGGCCACCGGGAGAAAAAGGAAAGCCAAAUGCUUUAGCUUCUAAAGGCGAUCAAGGAUAUCCAGGUGUUGGUGGGGAACAAGGUAGCACAGGUCCAAUGGGCAGUCAAGGGUCAAUGGGGAUUGGGUCACCAGGGGCACCUGGAGAAAAAGGAAAUUCGGGUGUGGUGGGCCGGCAAGGAAAUCUUGGAGAUCCAGGUGAAAAAGGAUCUCCAGGACCAGUACAAACAAUACUUGGAGACCCAGGCGAGCCUGGACUGCCUGGUUCACCUGGUCUACCAGGACCUCCAGGUAAUGAAGGUUGUGCUGGGGUUCAAGGAUUCCCAGGAUUGUGUGGGUUUAAAGGACAGAAAGGACUCUCAACACCAGGAGAUACUGGACUUACUGGUCCAAAAGGUGAUAAGGGUGUGAAAGGGAGGCAAGGUUCACCUGGUUAUGGAAGUAUAGGCCGUCCUGGACCUCCAGGGCCACCAGGAAUGCCUGGCCCAAAGGGUGAAAUAGCAUUUGGCUGCCCAGGGCCCAAGGGUAGAGAAGGUCUGCCAGGAGAUGAAGGGUGCCUUGGUCCACCAGGAAUCUCUGGUCCCCCUGGAUUUUCUGGAUGUCGAGGUCAAAAAGGACAGGAUGGACCACCUGGACAAUUUGGUCUGCAGGGUUUUGAUGGUUUUCCUGGAGUGGCUGGUGUUCCAGGAUGCUGUAUAUCAGGGGCCAAAGGGGAUGAAGGUCUCUCGGGGAUCAGAGGAGCAGAUGGACCCCCUGGUUUGCCAGGUUUGAAAGGGCCACAAGGUGAAACUGGACUACCUGGAUUGGGCAUACCUGGUGUAACGGGUGUGGUUGGAAUACCAGGGAUCUUUGGACCAGUUGGUGCAGUUGGUUUUCGGGGACCAAAAGGUUUCCAGGGUCGGGAUGGUUCCCCAGGAUUUCCAGGUAUACGGGGAGAUCAGGGCAGUCCUGGAAUGACUGGCCCACCUGGAGUAGAUGGAAAUCCUGGACCACCAGGGCUCCGGGGACCUAAAGGUUUAAUGGGUAAGAAUGGCGUGCCAGGUGAUGAAGGGAAGCCUGGGGAGCCAGGAGACCCUGGGCCCCGUGGCCCAAAGGGACAAUCAUCAAAUGUUACGUCUCCAGGAGAACUUGGUCCCCCUGGCUUACCAGGUCUCCUUGGUCUGCCUGGCAAUAAAGGGGAAAUAGGACUUCCGGGCAUUUGUGGGGAAUGUGGGAAGAAUGGAGUUCCAGGAAGUUCUGGUCCACCAGGCCCUCCUGGUGACCCUGGCCUAAAGGGGUUCCCUGGAAAUCAGGGUAUUAAUGGAAACUUUGGUGAUCAAGGAGUUAUGGGCUUUCCGGGAGUGAAAGGCAUUAAAGGUUCACCUGGUUUUCAUGGGGAGCCUGGAAUUCCUGGUGUUCCAGGACCAAAUGGACCAAAGGGGAUCAAAGGUGAUCCUAGCCCCCCUGGGCCUGAGAUUCCAGGACUACUUGGUGAGAAGGGUGAACAAGGGUGUCCUGGAGGUAUAGGGAAGAAAGGUGACAAAGGUAUAUGUGGAAUAAAUGGGCUCCCAGGUUUCUCUGGAGUUCCUGGGGAAAGAGGAGAAACUGGAGUAACAGGAGAUCCAGGACCCCCAGGAGAACCUGGUGAUGAGGGUUUUGAUGGGUUUCCAGGUCCACCUGGAUGUGAAGGGCCCUGUGGUCCACCAGGUGUUCCUGGCUCGCCGGGAGACCCUGGACCUCCAGGACCUCGGGGAGAACAGGGCAGAGAUGGCAUUCCAGGGUCAGCUGGAGAAAAAGGAGACAGAGGGUGUAUUAUGACUGGGGAUUCUGGCCUACCUGGCAUCAAGGGUGAGAAAGGCAUUAAAGGCACCUGUGGACCACCAGGGCCAUGUGGAGCACCAGGACCCUGUGGCCCAUCUGGAGAUAUUGGUUCUCCAGGCAAACCUGGAGAAAAAGGGCAACGUGGGUGUUCUGGACCACCUGGUGUCUGUAUUAGUGGUCCAAAAGGAGAACGAGGACCUAAUGGGUUUCCUGGUCCACCAGGCCUCCAAGGACCAUGUGGGCCUCCUGGUGACCCAGGUCCAGGCCUUAAGGGAGAUAAAGGCUGUGUCGGGCCCCAAGGACGUGUGGGACCACCUGGUUGUGCUGGUGACCGGGGAACUCCAGGUGAACCAGGUAAAGAUGGAGACUGUGGUUUAAGGGGUCCAAAAGGAAAUAUAGGGCCUUUGGGUAGAGUUGGGCCAGAUGGACAAAAAGGACACUGUGGUCCAGUUGGACCUGCUGGAUUAAAAGGUUGUAAAGGACCUCCUGGAACUAAAGGGCUGAAAGGCUGUGAUUCCACAGUUGAGAUCUUUUCUACACCUGGAGAUCGUGGAAUUCAUGGAAAUACCGGACAGAAAGGAGAACCAGGGGAUAAUGGAGAUAAAGGGUUGCGAGGUCCAAAAGGAACAAAAGGUCAAAAAGGAGAUAUAGGUGCAAACGGACCUGAUGGAUCUAAGGGGGUGCUCGGGCUGCAGGGAGACAGUGGAGAAAAAGGACGUAAAGGUGCUCGCGGUUUGACAGGUGAAGUGGGUGCCAAGGGCGCACCAGGUGCAAAAGGUCCACAACUGAGAAAAAGAGACGGAUUCCUUUUCACCAGACAUAGUCAGACAACAGUUAUACCAGAAUGUCCUGCGGGGUCAAAACGUUUAUACACUGGAUAUUCGCUUCUCUUCAUCAACGGCAAUAACCGCGGACAUGGACAAGACCUAGGAACUCUGGGAAGCUGUUUGCCGAUGUUCAACACCAUGCCUUUUAUGGUGUGUAACCGUGAUGAAACUUGUCGCUACGCCUCUCGAAAUGACUACUCCUAUUGGCUGUCAACAGACACACCAAUGUUACCUGACCAGCAAAUGAUGUCUGGUGAAAUAUUGAAAUGGUACAUCAGCAGGUGUUCAGUAUGUGAGGCAACAGCUAAUGUUAUAGCAAUUCACAGUCAGACCAUUAACAUCCCACAAUGCCCUGUUGGAUGGCUUUCACUAUGGGAAGGUUACUCCUUUGUAAUGCAAACAGGAGUUGGCGCAGAAGGUUCCGGGCAACCGUUGGUCUCUCCUGGAUCCUGUCUAGAACAAUUCCGGAAAAUUCCAUUCAUAGAGUGUCAUGGUCGCGGCACCUGCAACUUCUAUCCUGAUUCCUACAGCUACUGGCUUGCUUCACUCGACCACAGCAAUAUGUUCAGUAUGCCAAACCGCCAGACAGCAAAACAGAAAGAAAUCAUCAGCCGCUGCCAGGUCUGUAUGAAGCAACAGCCUCAAGGUGACCUUGCUUAAAGACUUGAACUAUGAACUUCUAUUUGUCAGUUUUCCAUGACUAAAGUCAGAUCCUUGAGGUCAACGCAUCAACAAAGGAGUUUCUGACCCAGACACAAAAAGAUGG